AUGGUGAAUAGUAUGAGCAGUGAUAAAUCUGAGAAUAUUGAUAAAACAGAUAUGGAUAAUAAUGCAAAUGAUAGAGCAUUAAAUUAUGGCAAUACAACAAAUACCAACGUAAAUAAUAAUGAAGAUAUUGAUGAUAUAUGUGAAAAUGUACUUAUUAAUGACAAAACAAAUGUUGAAACAAACAAUUCCGUUGCUUCCAAUAAUGAUAUAAGGAUAAAAAAUGUAUCAACAUGUGUAAAUGAAAAUGAUCAACAUGAUGAAUCUGAUUAUAUAAAUUGUGAUAAUGAUGGUUUAGAAAAUAAAGAUAUGCAAGUUAUUGCAAAUAAUGAAAAUAAUAGUUUAGAGUUUGAUGAUGUAGUAAUAAAAAAUGUAGAAUGUUUAAAUAAUUUUAAUAAUGAGGGUGUAGAGAAAUCAAACAAUUUGGAGGGUAACCUCAUACAAGAGAAUGUUAUCCAUAGUACCGCUAGUAGUAGUGGUAGUAAUAAAUCUUGGGAGAGGAAAGAGACAGGAGGAAUGGAAAAUAUUUAUAGUGAUAUAGUUGAUAAUUUAGAUAAAGAUGAACUUAAUUAUAAAGAAAUAAAUUCCAUAAAAAUGGAUAGUUCCGAUUUUAAUAAAAGAGAGCAACAUGAUGAAAAAGAUGGGAGUAUAUCCCCAAUGAAAGGAAAUAACAAUUCUGAUAAAAAUUAUGAUUUAAAUAAUGAUAGCCAUGAAUGUAAUAUGGAGAUAUGGAAUAAGAGCAACUGUGAAGGCAGUGAAGAAAUUAUAAAUUAUGAAAAUGUAAAAAAUUUAGAGAUGAAUGAAUUAGAUAAAGAUGUAGACAAUUGUGAUGAAAAAAAAGAAAAAGAUAUUUCAGAAAAUUGUUAUAAUAAUGAAAGUAGUAAUAAUGAUGGAAAUAAUUUGAAUAGUGUAUGCACUAAUGGUAUCGAUAAUUUUGAUUUAAAUAAUGCAAGUAUAGAAACAGAUAUGGAUAAAGUAAAAGAGACGGAAGAGGAAAAAAACAAACUUAAUAAUAAUGAGAAUAUAAUAUUUACUAAAAAUAAUUCAAAUGAUAAGGAUGAUAAUGUGUUAGACGUAUUUAAAGAGAACAAAAAUAAUAUUGAACAAAAUAAUGAUAUAGCUAGUGAGAAUAAUUUAGAGACUGAUACAAACUUAAAUGAAUGUAAUGAAGUAGAUAAAAAGGAAAACGACGAAAACGAUAUUAACAAUGUUAAUAAUAAUACAAAUGAAAAGGAAGAGAGAGCAAUAAAAAAUGAUGAGAAUGGGUGUGAAAAAUCAAAUAUGGAAAAUGAUAAUAAUGAAGAUAUAAAUAAAAAAAGAAAACAUAUUUCAUCAUAUGAUGAGUCAAGAAAGGAUAGGAAAUUAAGUGAUCAGAAAGAAUAUGAAGAAGUUAAGAAUGGACAUAUAAAUAAAUAUGCGGAUGGUAUUGGUAGUAAUACCAUUAAUGUAGUACCCUGCGAAAGUAAUAAUAUGAAUAUACCAAAAUAUGUAAACACCAUAGGAGAAAUAAUUUAUAGGAAUAAUACAAAUAUAGAUAGUAAAAAUAAUUCUAAUAGUAGUGCAAUAAAUUUAAAAAUCGAAAAUGAUGAAGCAAUCAGGGGUAAUAGUACAAAUGCUGCUUAUUUUUCAGGCAUACAAAUUAGAAAUGGAGAGCAAAAUUACAAUUAUAAUAAUUUCAUUUUACAACAAAAUAAUAAAGAAGAAAAAAAUGGUGAAAAUAAUUUAGAAAUUUUGAAAGAAUAUGAUGAAAAAAGUAGAGAUAAUGAUGAUGAAUAUGAAGAUGAACAAAACGAAAAUAUGUCUGAUAAUAAUUAUAGUGAUGAUGAAAAAAUAAAUUUAGAUAAUUGUAACAUGAAUGAUAAAAAAAAAAAUAAAAAUGAUAGUGAAACAUUAUUACCUAUAGCUAAUAUUAGUAGAAUUAUGAAACGAAUACUUCCAGCAAAGGCAAAAGUUGCAAAAGAAAGUAAAGACAUAAUACGGGAAUAUGUUACAGAAUUUAUUCAAUUUUUAACUAGCGAGGCAAGCGAUAGGUGUCUAAAUGAAAAACGAAAAACCAUUAAUGGGGAAGAUAUAUUAUUUUCUAUGGAAAAAUUAGGAUUUAAUGACUACGUUGAACCACUGUCAGAGUAUCUAAACAAGUGGAAACAGAUGAAGGGAUUGAGUAGUUCGAAUAGAUAUUAUGAUAAGAAGUUUGAUAUAUCACGAAAUUCUCAAGACCAAAAUAUGUUAAUAAAUUAUAAUAAAAAUAUUUUUAAUAACAUGAGUAAUGAUAAUUAUUAUGCCAAAGAGAAUUAUGGUUACAAUGAAGGCAAUUGUACUGCUAACAACUUUUAUAGAAGUGAAAAAAAUGAGUUUUGUAAUAAUAAUUUUAGUAAUACUUAUUUUAAUAAUAAUGGGAAAAAUAAUAUAAACAGGAUUUAG